AUGGUCGGAUCAAGCCUCACUCUGUCACUUCUCGGCCUUGGUGUCGUCCAUGCCUUGCCAGCUUCCAAGAAGGUGGAGGAGCGCCAAACCCUCAUAGGAGGUGGCUGGAGCGACUUCCAUCCCGGUGACGGCAAAGCCCCCCCAACCUGCUCCAUCAACAUCCCCAUCUCUCAGCAAGCCCCCUGCAUCUUCUUCCCCAUUCCGGGCACCAUCAGACCCGGCAAGGAGAAACGACAAACACUUGGUCCUGGCUGGAGUGACUUCCACCCCGGGGAUGGCAACACCAUUCCCACUUGCGAGAUCUCGCUGCCCAUCAAGGAACAGCCACCCUGCAUCUUUUUCCCAAUCCCGGGGGAGAUUAGGCCAGGAAAGCGAUCUUUCAGCCUCCCGGCGGACUAUGCCACCAACACCAAGCAAGUUAUCCUUCAGCUUGAGAAGCAGCUGGUGGCUCUCCAAAACAAGAAGAACAAGACUUCCGAGGACAUCGACGAUAUUCGCGCCAUCAAGGCUGCCCUCAAGUACUUGGCAAAUAUCGAUCAGAUUUCCGCAUCGCCUGGAUCCGAGACUGGCUUCACUCCCGGCAAGCGGUCCUUCUCCCUGCCUGGCGAUUACGCGAGCGACACCAAGAAGGUUAUCCUGCAACUCGAGAAGCAGUUGAUUGCCCUCCAGAACAAAAAGAACAAGACUGAUGAAGACUUGGCUGAUAUCCAAGCCAUCAAGUCCGCACUCAAGUUUCUAGCCGGCAUUGACCAGAUCUCUGCGCCCCCAGGAACUGAGACUGGUUUCGUUCCCGGAAAGCGCGAUGCCCUCUCCGUUGGCGCUUACGCUUCAGUCUGCCCUGGGCUGGAAGGUGCUGAGAUUGCUCUCGAGACUCUCUUGCACAAACCCAAGCCAACAGUGCAGGAGUACAUCAUCAUCCAGAAGUUGACCAACUUCCUUGCCGGAUGUGGCAUCGCCAUCGUCAAGUCUCCUGAUGGCACAUGGACUAUCAUCAAGCCCUCCGACAAGAAGCGAGGUGUCGAUACCGAGGUCGCCGUUGCCACCCUUCCACUUGAGAGCAGGAUGUAG